GUGUGUGGCUGUGUGGGUGCCUCUGUACGUGCCCGUACGGGUGUGAGAUUGCGGGGUGAGAGUUACAACAGCCGUGCCCUGCUGCUGCUGCUGCCUGCAAGGUCCUGCAAGGUCAUGCCCGCCUGCUGCCCGGUCAUGCCUCUCGCGUGCGAAACCGCGGACAGCACGGCCGACAGAGGCCGCAAGGGGCUGGGGGCGGCGGGAAGCCCAGGGAGGCCAUCGGAGGUGGCGCCCGGACAGGCGAGGCCCGGCAGGGAGAGCUGGGGGAGAAAAAUGGAUUUCCUGAUGUCGGGCGUGGCCUACGGCGUGGGCCUGGGUAACGUAUGGCGGUUCCCCUACCUCUGCUACAAGAACGGUGGAGGGGCGUUCCUCGUGCCGUACGGGCUCACGGUGGUGUGCGUGGGCAUCCCCCUCUUCUUCCUCGAGGUGGCGCUGGGGCAGCUCACGCAGCAGGGCACCAUCGGCGUGUGGAAGAUCGUGCCGCUCUUCACCGGCGUCGGUGUGGCGUCGAUGGUGGUCGUCUUCCUCAGCGACCUCUACUACAUCGUGGUCCUGGCCUGGUCCCUCUACUACCUUCUGCACAGCCUGACCACGGCCCAGUUGCCCUGGACCCACUGCCGGGGCUGGUGGGCGACGGCUGCCUGCUCCGAGACGUACGCGCCGUGUCCGUCCAACGCGAGCGGCCUCCUCCGCAACGUCUCGCUGUCCCGAGGCCUGGGCAGCUCGCGUGCGGCCAGCAACGCCAGCGAGGGAGUUUCGGCGUGCCAGGACACGACAUCGCCCGCCGUGGAAUUCUGGGAGCGGAACGUGCUGCGUGUGUCGUCGGGGAUGCACGACCUGGGCUCCGUGAAUUGGGAGAUGCUGCUGUGCCUCUUGGCCGUCUGGCUCCUGGUCUACUUCUCCGUGUGGAAGGGAAUCAAGUUCUCUGGCAAGGUGGUGUACGUGACGGGCACCGUGCCGUACGUGCUGCUGCUGGUGCUGCUCGUGCGAGGAGCCACGCUGCCCGGCGCUCUCGACGGCAUCGUCUACUAUCUCCAACCCGACUGGGACAAACUCGCCACGCCACAGGUGUGGGUGGAGGCGAGCACGCAGGUGUUCUACUGCUACGGCGUGGGCUUCGGAGUUCUGCCCGCGCUGGGCAGCUACAACAAGUUCCACAACAACUGCUACCGGGACAGCAUUAUUCUGACGAUCAUCAACAGCGCCACGAGCCUCUUCUCCGGCUUCGUCGUAUUCUCCUUCCUGGGCUUCAUGGCGCGCGAGCAGGGCGUGGACAUCAGCCAUGUCGCCGAGACUGGCCCCGGGCUGGUGUUUGUGGUUUACCCGCGCGCUAUCUCCCUGCUGCCGGUGCCUGCUCUCUGGGCCGCCCUGCUCUUCAUCAUGCUCCUGCUGCUUGGCGUGGACAGCGAGUUUGCGGGGAUGGAGGGGUUUGUGACGGGGCUCACGGACUUGUUCCCGUCCCAGCUGAGUGGCAAGAGGCGGCGUGAGGCCUUCACGGGUCUCUGCUGCCUCGUCAGCUUCCUCCUCUCCGUCACCAUGGUGACUCAGGGUGGCAUUUAUGUGUUCCAGCUGUUUGACAGCUACGCAGCCAGCGGCAUCUCCAUGCUGUGGCUCAUGGGCUGGGAGUGCAUCGCUGUGGCCUGGGUUUACGGAGUCAAUCGGUUCAUGCAGGACCUGACGGCGAUGCUCGGGUUCCGUCCGCACGCAUGGGUGCGGUGGUGCUGGAGCGUGCUCAGCCCUGCCGUGUGCUUGGUACGCACCACAGCGGCCGCCCUCCACCCUCAAGUGGCCAUGACGGCACCAUGGGGCCGGUACCAGACUAGGGGAUCUUCGUGUUCCACCUGGUGCACUACGAGCGGCUCGUGUACAACGGCCGCUACGAGUACCCCGGCUGGGCCGAGGCUCUGGGCUGGCUGCUCGCGCUCUCCUCCAUGCUGUGCAUCCCGGCCGUGGCGCUCUACAAGCUCGCCGCUGCCAGGGGCAGCCUCGCACAGCGCUGGCGUCACCUGACGUCGCCCGUCUCACUCGAGCUACCGCUUCACUUCCAUCAGCCGCUCCCGUCGGAGCUGCCUCUGCUGCCCGCAGCUAAAUAAAGGCCUGGGCUCCAGGCUUGGCUCGCACUCUGCUUCAGGCUGUCCAUGGUGAGCAGCCACCAGUAUGAGCAAUGUCGCCGACAAGCCACAUCACUGCCUUCACCUGAACCCAUUAUCAUCGCUAUGGUUAUGCUCGUUUACCCAGGAGGGCUCCGCUAAGUUUUCGCAGUAGAUGAUUGCUCUGUGUAUAUUCAGUGGACCAUGAUGCCGGGACACGAUGGUCUACUCUUGCGAAUUACAUCACUGGGCCGUUAACAUCCACUAUCAGUGAAGCAGGUGGCGCGUGGUAGUAUAAUCACAGUUGUUACACUGCAGUACUUACCAGGGCGGCCACUGGAUUUGAACCGCGAACCUCUGUGGCGAGCGGGGGAGCGCACUUCCGCCGGGCCACGUACCGAGCAGCCGCCCCACACGUUUUGGCACCUCUAUUGAUGCCAGCAUCGUGCAUUGGUGCCGUGUCCUUUUCUCUUUUAUCUGCGUCUCUCCACGUCGCUCGGUAUUUUUGCUGCAUUUCCUGUGCCUCUGAUUCCAUACAUGUUUCUCUUCUCCAAAUUGCACAUUAUUGUCGUGGUCGCGAAUUAAACUAUUUUGAUGUUUGUAACAAAAAAAGAGCUCAACUGAUGAUUCACUCUGAAAACACACGAAGCAAUUAUUGCAGCAAAAAAACGACCACAUUGCUGCAAUGUUUCACACUGUUGGUCUUUACUUUGCAAAACUGGUGAAAGUUAGCUUCACGCUUUCUGCAGAAGCGGCACAGUGAGAGCGACAUGGCAGUUAAUGUGGUGCG